AUGGAAAAUUGCAAACGGGACAAGGAUGGUCAGAUUUGGGAACACAGGGAUGUGAUUGAUCUCCCUUUUGCCUGCAUGCCAACCAUGGUUAGCAAAGAGGGUAAGCCAAUGAAGACUUUCAAGGUAAGAAAGAACACGAACGGAUUUCGCUGGGCUUCCUUUUGGCUUGUGGGAAAGCAUGCUGCGAAGGCUGCAGGCGCCAGUGAAAGUAGAAGGUUUGGAGGAACUCGAGUUUUCUCUCCUACUGCAGAUGACGAAUCCCUUUAUUCGUAUCAAACAGUACGCUCGAACGAUGUUCCUAUGAAACAUGUGCAAGUUGAAAAGAAGACCACCAAGAAGAAGACAGCGACCACAAAGCACACCAUGCGAAGCAAGAAGAACUAA